AUGGCCGCGGCCGCCGCCGUCGCGUCGCCCGCCGACUGGACGGUCGUGCGCCGCCGCGGACGCCGCCGCCAGGGAGACGCCACGGCGACCGCCUCCCACCCCGAAUCUCCCCCGCCGCUCCCGUUGACCCCGGUCCCCUGGUCGCCCUCCGACCCGUCCCUCGACCCGGCCCGCGUCGCCCGCCUCCUCGACCGCGCCCGCGCCGCCAUCUCCCGCGUCGAGGCCUCCCGCCUCUACCGCCGCUUCCUCCUCCCGAGCUCCCCGCUCCGCCGCCGGCUCGCCCACCUCGCCCCCGCCCGCCUCUCCCUCCUCGGCGUCGGCAGCUUCGAGUCCUCCCCCGCCGCGCGCCUCCAGCUCGCGCUCGCCGCCCUCCUCCGCCGCGACCUCCUCCCGGGGUCCGCCACGGCCGACCUCUUCGACCCCGUCCUCUCCGCCGUCGAGUGCGCCGCCGCCGCCGCCCUCGGCUUCGCCGUCCCGAGCCUCGACGACGGCGGCCGCUGCCGCGUGGCGGAGCCCACGCUCUUCUACAUGCCGCACUGCGAGGCCUCGCUCUACGACGCGCUCCUCGACGCCAACUGGGCCCAGCUCAGCCGCGUCUGCGUGCUCGGCAACAGCUUCCGGCGCUACGCCCUCCAGGCGGAGGAGAACCGCUCGGGCCCCGCCGCCAAGGCCAAGCUCGUGCUCCAGGCGGAGCGGUUCGCGUGGGAGGAGCGCGUCGACGAGGCCGGGGACGUGGAUGAGGACGACGGGUUCGCCCGUGCCUUCAACGAGACGAGCUGGCAUUUCUUCGAGGUGGACGACCAUGUCGACCAGAGGAAGGAGAUAAGUCCCGAAGCUUUGUCUUUCGAGAAAUUGUCACUGUGAUUCUGUGAAUUGUAUUGUACCUGAUUGCACAAGCAUUCAAAGAUUCAGAGCUGAACAUCUUAGCAAAGUUUGACACUGUAAUUCAAUGAGCUGUAUUACUCGAUUGGAGAUGCAUCCAAAGAUUCAGAGUUGGACAUCUUAACAAAAAAUGUAUCACUGUAAUUCAUGAAUUGUAUAACUUAGUUGGAGAUGCAUUCAAAGAUUUAGCACUGUAAUUCAGUGAAUUGUAUUACUCGAUUGGACAUGCGUUCAAAUAUUCAGAGUUGGACAUCUUAACAAAAUGUAUCACUGUAAGUAUAUGAGAUUGGAGUACUUGAUUGGAGAUGCAUUCAAAGAUUCAGAGUUGGCAUCUUAAACAGAAUUU